UCCCCCCCCGCGGGCUGAGGUGGUGCCGCCCGCCCCCCACGUGACCGGGUGUUGCCGCGUCGCCUGGCAACGGGGACAUGGCGGAGCCGGCACAGGACAGCCGCAGCACCAUGGAGGAGCCCCCCGAGGCCGCAGCGGAAGGCUCCGCUGAACGGGAUGCGAUCCGAGUUCCCUCACAUCUUGCUAUGGAGGAAGAAUCUCCAGGGACUUUCUCAGACAAAAUGGCAUUAGACAGUUGCACUCCUGAACUGGGUGACAUGGAGCAGCCAGUAAGGGGCAGAGGAAACCCUUCCCCUCCUUCAGGGGCUCCUCCACAGGAAUCUGGGUGGUCACAGGAGUUGAGCAGCUGCACAGAGUCAGGGUCUGCCUUUGAGCAAUUCAGUCACCUUACUGCUGGUGAGCAAAGAUGGAAAAAGAAAUGGCAGCAGCGUGGAGCUGAGGAAGAUGAAAAAAGCAGAAGAGAAGAAACCACAGAAGAGAGAGAACUGGUUGUCUUGGAUCCAGAGCAUCCUCUGAUGAGAAGAUUUCAGGCUGCCCUGAAGAAUUACCUUACUAAGCAGAUGGAAAAAGUGACCCUAGAUCUUCGGGAGCUGAGGACAGCAACAAAGAAGGGCAAAGCAGAGAGGGAAGAGCUCGGGGUGAUCCUGUAUGGAGCACAGCAGCAGCUGGCCAGGCUGCAGGUGGAGCUGGAGAAAAGCCAUGACCUCCAUGCUCAGAUGGCCACAGCACGUCAGCAGCUGGAGGAGGAACUGAAGGGCCUCAGGCUCACUCACAAGAAAAUGUGUCAGAACACAGAUGAUGAACGCAAGAAAGUUUCUGCAAUGCAAACCCAGAUUGAAAACUUGGCCUUGCAUCUCUUCUACAUGCAGAAUAUGGACCAGGAUAUGCAGCAUAAUAUUUUACUGAUGAAACGGUCAACAAAGAAGGCUGAGGCAGAGAAGUUCCAGGCUGAGAUGGAAAAGAAAAAACAGGAUCUUCUUGUAGAGCGUUUAACAAGGAAAUCCUAUGAACUGCAAGAGCAGAUUGCACUGUUUGAAGCUCAGCUUGUGGCCCAAGCAGAGGACACAAAAGCAACUCGGCAAGCAGUAAAUGAGGCUUGUAUGGAGAUCCAGGCUAUUAACAUGGAGAAGAAACGAUUGAUGGGCCACUGGAAUAGCAGCUUGGCUGGAAUGAAGCAAAGAGAUGAGGCCUAUAUUGCUGCACAGGAGUUGCUGAGCAAGUACAGAGAUGACCUCAAGUCCCUAGAAAUGGACAUCCAUGGCUGUAGGAAGUCAAUCAGGAAGGAGGAGGAGAAGAAUGAGUUGCUUGUCUCCACUCUGAACCGUUCACAGAAUGAUGCCAACACCACCAAGAAGCUGAUUGCCCAGUGCCUUUCAAAGCAGGAGGCCUUGAAGGUUGAAUGUGUCACCUAUGUUCGUGUUCUCCAGGAGACAGAGCAGGCCCUAAACAGGACCAAGAUGGACCAAGCUGCUCAUCUGAAUGAGUUGCUGUCCAUCAGCAAGGACAUUGAGAAAGAGACUGAUGCCAAAGAGCAGAUGGAGAAUGAAAUCAUGGCAAAGCUUCAGGACCAGAUGAUGUCCAGCAAAGCCAUAAAACACUUCUCACAGCUGGCUGCAAAGCUUCGAAGGAGAAUAACAGAUCUGGAGCUGCAUUUCUCCAAAGUUGAGAAUGAUACUGCUCAGGUUAUUCUGAAUGCAACUCAUACCACCUGCAGGCUGACAGUUCUCCAAAAAACACUUUGUGAGCUGGACAAGGAAGUAAAGGAUGUCCAUGAUCUGAUCAAGCACAGUGAGAGUGAAAUUGCAAAGUACAAUGUCCAGAUUGAGAACAAGCAAGUGGUCAUCAGCCAGUACAACAAGAGGUUGGAGACUCUUCUUUCCCAGCAGGGGGGGCAAGAACUGGGACCACUGGAAAUUGAGAUCAAGAGGCUGACCAAGCAGAUAGAAGAAUGUAAUUCCGAGGUGAUGACGCUGCAGAAGUACUGGCUCAGUCUGCAGAAAGAGCUGGUGAAGCUAACACACGAGCGGGAGGAACAGAUCUCCUCCUUGGACAUGUUGAAGAAACAACUCACAAUAAUGCAGCAGAAGAAAGUGCGAACGGAGAAUGAAAUUCAGCAGGAAACAAAAGAACAGAAAGAGACUGAACGUCACAUGAGGAACAUGUCAAAUGACUUGAUAAGGCUGAAUGUGUUGAUCAACAAGAAUAACAGCAGCUUCGAGGAGCUGCAGUGUGGCAACAUUAUCACAGAAAAUGAGUUUUUACGCUCCCUCAAGGCAGCAGAAAAAGAAUCAAUUGAGAUGCAGGAGAAGCACAGUCAAUUGACUGAGGAGAAAGAAAGACUCCUGAACAGCCUGCUGGAAGCAGAGCACCAGAUCAUGCUCUGGGAGAAGAAGAUCCAGCUGACAAAGGAGAUGCGUGCGGCAGUGGACUUUGAGACAGGACAAGGUGAAAUCCGAGCCAUGAGGAUGGAGAUUCAUAGGAUGCAAAUUCGCUAUGGGCAGCUGAUGAAGCAGCAGGAGAAGAUGAUUCGUGAUAUGGAGGCAUCUGUUGCUCGUAGGGAGACAAUAACAAUUCGUGGAGAGGGUCAGAACAAAACAGAUAAGAAACGUGUCACCAAGAGUGACUGCCACCGCAAGAUAGAGGAGCUGAGAAAGAAGAUCAGUGAAACCCAGCAGAAUGCUCAAGACUGCAACAAAACCAUCUUGGAGCUGGAGAGCACCCAGGCCUCCCUUAGUGCCUCUGUCUUGGAGAAGCAGCGAGAACUGCAUGAGCUGCAGGUUGAGAAUGAUGGCCUCGAUUCUGACAUGGAAUGUCUUCAGAACAAGAAGCGAUGGAACCUUUUGGAGAUUGUGGCCCACCAGACACGCCAGAAGCACCUGCAGGCACUGAAGGAGGGGAAGUACACUUCCCUCUGCCGCACAGAGCAGGCCUGGAGAGCCGAGCUGCAGAAGCUGCAGGACCGGCUCCGUGCUGUUAACACCGUUGUCCACCAGAUCCAGCAGGAACAUCCUCAGCACCAAAGGAUUCUCCAGUGGCUCAGCCAGUGCUUGGAAUCCAGGCUUGGCUCGCAGGAAGCCUGACAGAGAUGUGGACAAAACACAUAAACCCAACAGUCCUUGUUCUUCUAGAGGCUGCAGGCUUUGUAAAUGAAUAAAUAU